AUGGGAGACCCUGACCGCGGGUGCAAGAGGGCCGCGGAGAAGUUCGCAAGGGGGAGGGCGGGGCGGGUCCGUGACCGUAGGGCCUCACGUUGGGACGUGCGGAGGAUCGGGUCGGCGGGUCCCGCCGGCGGCGAUGCUGGAGCGGACGCCACGCCCGCCGCCGCCUCCCUGCUCACGGCGAACCUCGCACCAUGCUGCUGCAUACUGAUACUAUUCGGCACAGCGAAUCUAGAUGCGUGCCGCGAUCCGUUCGACGCAGGGCAGCAGGGCGCAUGGGGCGCACAGGGCAGCAGGGCAGCAGGGCGCACAGGGCUGCAGGGCAGCAGGGCACACAGGGCAGCAGGGCGCGCGGGGCGCACAGGGCUGCAGGGCGCGCGGGGCGCACAGGGCAGCAGGGCAGCAGGGCGCACAGGGCUGCAGGGCAGCGGGGCGCGCGGGGCGAACAGGGCAGCAGGGCGCACAGGGCUGCAGGGCAGCAGGGCGCACAGGGCUGCAGGGCAGCAGGGCGCGCGGGGCGCGCAGGGCUGCAGGGCAGCAGGGCGCGCGGGGCGCGCAGGGCUGCAGGGCGCGCAGGGCAGCAGGACAGCAGGGCGCGCAGGGCUGCAGGGCGCGCGGGGCGCACAGGGCAGCAGGGCAGCAGGGCGCGCGGGGCGCAGCAGGGCUGCAGGGCGCGCAGGGCUGCAGGGCAGCAGGGCGCGCGGGGCGCACAGGGCAGCAGGGCACACAGGGCUGCAGGGCAGCAGGGCGCGCAGGGCUGCAGGGCGAGCAGGGCGCGCAGGGCAGCAGGACAGCAGGGCGCGCGGGGCGCGCAGGGCUGCAGGGCGCGCGGGGCGCACAGGGCAGCAGGGCAGCUGA